UCUCCAAGGGGGCUCGCGGUAGCAGGUGAGAGCGCAGCAUCGCCUCCUCGCGCUUUUCAGAGACACAGAGCGGAGCAGAGGAGCAGCGGAGCGGAGCCAUGGGAAAGCUUCAAGAAUUUGAUAUCACUUUUACCAACAACAAGGUGGUUUACGGUCCGGGAGAGUCUAUUAGCGGGACUGUGAAGAUACGAACCAGCAACUCGCUGCAGUACAAAGCCAUCAAGGUGAACUGUCAGGGCUCAUGUGGGAUCUCCAACAAAGUGAACGACGCCUCAUGGACUCUGGAGGAACAGUACUUCAACAGCACAUUGUCUGUUGCUGACAAAGGAACUCUGGCGGCAGGCGAACACAGUUUCCCUUUCCAGUUUCUCAUUCCAGUUGCUGCCCCGACCUCCUUUGAGGGACCAUUUGGUAAGAUUGCUUACCGCGUGAGGGCAGUCAUCGACACGCCCCGCUUCUCUAAGGACUACAAAGCCCAGAGGCCCUUCUAUCUACUCAACCUGCUCAACCUCAAUGAGGUGCCUGACAUUGAACAUUCGAGUCAUGCUGUGACAACAAAGAAAUUCAGCUACCUCCUGGUGAAGACGGGGACCCUGAUGCUGAAAGCGCGCAGUGACCUGAGGGGUUACGUCCCAGGUCAGGUCAUCAAGUUAGCUACGGAGAUCCACAACAAGUCUGGGAAGGACACGGGAUGUGUACUGGCCAGUCUCAUACAGAAAGUGACCUAUAAGACCAAGCGGCCUGUGUUUGACCUGCGGACCAUUGCCGAGGUGGAGGGAGCCGGAGUGAAAGCAGGAAAACACGCAGAGUGGAGGGAGCAGAUCAUCGUGCCUCCUCUUCCUCAGUCAGCAUUAGCUGGCUGCAGCCUCAUAGAUAUCGACUAUUUCAUUCAGGUGUCACUAAAAUCUCCAGACGCAGUCGUCACUCUGCCCAUCUACAUCGGGAACAUCGCUGUGAACUUGUCUCCGUCGAGGCCCCUUCCCUCCAGUCCAGACCACUGUGUUGCCUCCAUUGCACCCAGGGCUGCAGGAGUGAUGCCCAGUGCCCCGCCGGCCGAGGAGGAACCAGAGGAGGGGUUGUGUGCAGGGGGCAUGGACAGUGAGGAGAUUCCAACCAAGAGUCACUCUCAGCAGGAUCCCUCGGGUCAGCCGGUCACCAUGUCCCCCAGCGCCUUCAGCCACGCUCCAGGAGCGGCGCUGCCUCCCAGCCACAGACGGCCCGAUGCGUCUGCACCUCUGUUCUGUGUGUCCACUGGAGCCACCAUACCUUUCUUCACCGAGGGAAACGUGACUCCUGUACCCACUUCCUGUUCGCUCAUUCUCCCUCCAGAGUACAGCAGCUGGGACUACCCUCAUGAGCCCCCACCCACAUAUGAGGAAAGCUGCAGUAGCGCCAACUCCAGUUUCAACAGUAGACAGUAGAGAAGAAGCAGGUGCAUCAUGACCACGCCCACCCACACCUGUCUGCACUCACCUCCUGACAAAUCAGGACGGAGUCACGCUGGACGAAAGAGGAUGGACAGUAACACCACCACCCCCACCACCCACUCCACUCCUCCCAUCGCCCUAAAGAUUUUUUCUUUGUCCUUUUAAUGAUUAAAAAAAGGGAUCACAUCUUAUAUUGAAUAUAAGAAUUUGAUUUCACCUCAUGUCCCUGCAGGUGUUGUCAGACAGAACGGGUGAAUAUCACUGUGCCUAGAAGAAGUAUUUUGGAUUGUCACGCAGCAUUUAGAAACAUUCAGUGAUUGGACCUGUUUCCUUCUUUGGGUAAAAUCUGUUCUGUUUUGUUUUUUGUUAUUUUCAAAGAAUUGUUGCAUCUGUGAUGCCUUGAAAAUGAUUUCAGCCUGCUGAAGGCUCGAGCUUGACAAGACCAAACGUUGGCCUUUUUGGUGGCGUCAUUCCUAUUGUGCACUUGUUAUUGUGGUCCACUGCUGUCUGUGUGCGUCUCAGCUGUCCUCAUCAUCAGCAGGGCAGAGAUGUCUUCAUGCUGGAUAUCAAGAUGAGAGCUUACAGCCACAGAUCCUGGUCUGUCUCUAGAACUAAUUAAAACCCCUGUGUAGGAUCUUUUUGUGAUUGUAGCACGUAAAAUCAUGCACUCAGGGGUUUUAAAGCGAAAUAAUGUUUUAGGUAAACCUCUCAGUUGUGUAACUUGAAAUACAAGUAGCAGUAAAGAAAAAAAUAACUCUUAUGAAACCAACCAACAUAUUUUAAAAUGUUAUUUAUUUAUUUAAUUGUUUUAUUGAUAUGAAUCAAACAAUUGGAAUAUUUAAAUGUUUAUGUUUAAAAAGUCUGUUUCUAUACAAGAUUAUUUAUGUUGGGAAAUUUCACCAUAUAGAAGAGCACAUGCACAGUCAUGCUCUGGAUUUGAAAGUAAUAAAUUACUUUAAGAAUAUAGAUAUGUUUUUCCUCUAUGUACUGCCACCUGGUGUCAACUCAUAUAACUGAGAGGUUUUCCUUUGAGACCAGUUUUGUAUUCAGAGGACAGUUUAUCUGCAGAUGAGACUCAUUCUUCCUGCAGCUGGAAUCAGGACUGCAGCACUGAUGCAGUCUGGCUCUGCCCUCUUGUGGUCAUCGCUGGUACAAGCUUUAUCUCAACUUGGUCUUGAAACUAAAACUUAAUCCAUGCAAACUGAAAUGCUUAACUGAGUCCCUGCUCCUGUGAUGCACCGAGGUCUGCUGUAUAAAUUUACAUUUUAGUUUCUUGCAGCUGUCUGUUGAGCAGAACUGACAAAUAGAGGUUUGAGAUACACAUUGUUCAUCUUUUCAGUCUCAGUAGGGAAGAGAUUGUGUGUUGUGUUUUUUUCCUCCUUUUUGUUGCCUUAACUUUCUUUCAGUGUUUUGUUAGUGAGAAGAGAAUCCUCUGAGAUUUCUGUCGGUGCAGAUGAACAUACAUGUGCACAACACAGCACUUUCUGACAGUUUGAGUGCAUGGGUUUCUGUAAGAGUCCACAACUACUGUACAUGUGUGUGCAUGAGCGUGUGUGUGUGUGUGGUGUGUGUGUGUGUGUGUGUGUAAAGUAUAGCUUAUUUGGACAAAAUGCUAACUUGACCUGAGGUCUGUUUUCAGUCAAACUCAAUAGUUUUCAGAUAGAUUCCUUAUUCAGUCUUUGUAUUACACUGUCUGCUAGAGACGUUUUUGUUUGCCAGUGUACAAGGGCUGGGUGAUAAUUUCAGUUUUAAUUUUCAGUGUAAUCAUAUCAAGAUAUGAUCUUAUUUUAAACUGUUGUCCAAAUUAAUUUAUCAACAAAAUUAGUUAGUAAGGUCUUUGUUUUGCACAUAUGAAAGGUUUGGUCUUGUGUAAUGCAUAACAGUUCAUUGCUUUAAGAACAGUUUGAUUAUUUUAUAUCUCAUUUUGCAUAAAUUUGUCUCAUUGUGUCAUAUGUUCAUGACAGAAAAUAUCCGUAUUUUAUCACUUUGAUUUUAAGUAUAACACCCAGGCCCAGCUGUUGUAAAAGCAUCAGCACGUAUUCACUGUCAGUUUCCUGUGGGAAACUAAUGCCACUGAAAAAUCUUAAGCACAACUGCUGUACUGAACGUCUGUGUGACUAUUGAUGUGAUUGUCUUAGUUAACCACAUUGAACUACAAUUAUUAUUCAAACCUGUGAAUUCAGAAGAAAAAAAAAAGCAGUUCUGGUGUUUUCUCCCUGUGGAUCAUGUUGCCACGUUGUUUUCCAGAUCCUGUGUGUUUUAUUUUUGACCUUUUUCACAGACAGACUACUUUUACUGUUAGAGAUCUGGCAUUCAAACACUGAUAUUCUGGCUCUACAUUAUUCUGAACGCAUGCCUUAAACAGUCUGGAUUCCCACUGCCCCCGGAGCCUGUGAUGGUCUCUCUUCUUCUCUGUCAGGGAGGACAUCAGGGUGUUGCUCCUGCAGUUCCUCCUGUCCUGCCUCCUGUGGACUGUGCUAAGUGCACUUGAUGUAUACAAAUGUAGCUUUUAAAAACAGUGAGGACACUGGACCUUGGACCUGUUGAACUUUUUUUUCUUAAUUCUUGUUAUGUGCAAUUCCUCUCAUCUCUAAGAAUGCUGCAGCAGCAGCUUAGUUUCCUGAAGUAAUUUCACGCUGCCUUUUAUUGAUCCUGAUUCUGUUGAAUUCUUUUCCACCAAAAGGUACAAUAGCUUUACAGUAUGAAGCCCCACUUGUUCUGUGUUUUUAUUUCAGUCUCUCCUCCUCACAUAUUGAUGAGUGGUGUCUGGUUUUGUAUUUUUCUACUUGUAAACUGUUUACAGGUGCAGUAUGCAGAUACUAAUGGUAGCACCUCAAUCAGUAAAUGUAAUAUUUCAACUUACAGUGCAGAAUCAAACUUGUACUGUACAGUAUAACAAUAAAAUUAUAUGACAUGCA